UUGACACCGCGUUCGGAUGCGAACACACAGCGAAUAGCAAGAUUAGAUCAGAUCAGAUCAUACUGAUUUGGCAACUUUUAUAAGUGGUGUUUCAGGGAGAUAUUUACAGACACGUUACUAGUGCUUGUUGCAGUUCGUGUGGGGUUUUUACGCGUUCGUGCGUGUGCGUGCGUAAACUUUUGUCAGGGCAAUCGGCCCCUGCUUUAGCGUCCUGCCGCAAUCCGGCGGGUGUUAAGAUCCAUGGAAGUGGUCGGUAUUUACGAAAGGGACUGCCUUGCAUUCCAUAGCGGCCACAGUCUGGGUCCCGUCCACGGCGGCGUGUACAAACCCUCCACUGACGCCUCGAUGACGAAACUCGGCAUCUCCGAGCACGAGAAGGCGAUCGACUUCAGCAUCUACUUGGACUCCGCUCUUCAUUACCAGCAGCCGGCGGCACUUCAGGGCGAGGAGGUCUUCAGCGCUGACUUCUCCAUCAGCGAGGACGCCAAGAGCAAGCGAGCCGCCCCGGAGGCGCCUGCUUACAAGAGCUACGCGCCGCUGACCGAGCGCGACGCCAACCGCAGCCAACUCGGCUACCCGGAGCUUCAGGAGACGCGCCUUGACACCGUUUUCAGCCCAGACUUCCUGGGUGCCUACGGCAAAAGUCAGUGGCGAGGCGACGUGAACACAGACGACCAACGGAUGGACGGAUCCGGGGGCUUCGACAUGCGCUCGUACCUGCAGUACCAGUCAGCGCCCAGCGGAAGCCUGGGCAACAUCUCCAACGCUUCUUCAUCGUGUUCGAGCCCGCCUGGCACGCCUGCUCCAUCCAGCAAAGCCAGAUCGCCGCAACCGGGUGGCAAAAUCCCGUCUACAGGUAAAGGCAAGAAGCGGCUGGACAAGGACAGCGAUGAGUACCGGCAGCGGCGCGAGCGCAACAACCUGGCCGUGCGCAAAAGCAGAGACAAAGCGAAAAUGCGCAAUUUGGAGACGCAGCACAAAGUGCUCGAGCUGGCGGCUGAAAACGAGCGGCUGCAGAAACGGGUAGAGCAGCUGUCCCGAGAGCUCGCCACCCUGCGCAACCUGCUCUCUGCCACCGGCCAGUGCUAACAGCAACCUUCCUACAUCAGACUGUAAAACAUCGGUUCCAAAGAGUAUGCGUUUUUUUGUUUUUUUUUAUACAAAUGAGUCAAUUUUUGCGUCAAAAUGACGAACAGCGCUUUUAAAAAAUGUUUACAAGAGCGUUGAAAGGGGACUGGCGCCUGGAUUGCGCAACACUUUCUCCCAUGCUCGACGACUUUGUCACUCUGGUGGUGUUGUGGAAGCCCGCUCAUGUACUUUGAUCUGUACAGUAUUUUUGUACGGGUGAAAUGUCUACUGUUUUAAUAAUACUCUGUUUGUUAUUUAAAUUCAUUUUCCCCCCAUAAUCUGGGGCAGUGGCUGUCGAGGGAAGAGUUGUACUGCAGAGGUAUGAUGCAACGCAUUGUAACAGUAUUGGCCAUGCAAUGAAGUAGUCUGGUAAAACAGAAUAAUGGUACAUAUCUUGUAUUGUUAUAUAAUAUUUUAUUGAAUUAAAUGAUUUUUAUUUCUUUUUGA